GUCAUUCCAUGAACAAAUCAUUGAAAAGCUUGCAGCGACAGCCAGAUAAUUGUGAAAGUUGGUGAGGGACUACUAGCUAUAAAUAGAAUACUGGACUUCUUCUGCAAACAGGAAGCAAAAGAAAAUAUUGAUAUAGAAAUAAGUUCAAAAUAAAUUUCCCCAUUUUCUCAAUAUGGCAUCACCCGAUUCAGUCAAAAUAUUGGAGGUCUACAAGGUCGCUCCGGCAGCCAACAACCAUUCACAGGAAUCAGCCGCCGAAUUAUCUCUCCCUUUUACCUUUUACGAUUCAACAUGGCUCAAAUUCCCUCCAACUCAAAAUCUCUUCUUCUACAAAUUCACAGGCUCAACUUCUGAUAUUUUUCACUCUAUAAUCUUCCCUACACUCAAAGAAUCACUGGCGCAUACCCUCGUCCAUUUCUGCCCUCUCGCUGGUCACCUGACUUGGCCUCCAAACGAACCUAGACCCAUCAUUGUCUACUCCCAAAAUCAUGGUGUUCCACUCGCACUUGUGGAAUCUAAUGCCAAUCUUGAUGACUACAUCAGCAAUGACAUCCAUGAAGCUGCUGCGGCCCGGCCUUAUGUUCCUGCAUUGCAUAUAUCAGAGACAAUGGCAUGGACAAUGGCAUUGCAAGUAACUUUAUUUCCUGGAAAAGGAUUUUGUAUUGGCAUCACUACUCACCAUGCAGUUUUUGAUGGAAAAAGCGCUUAUAUCUUUCUCAGAGCAUGGGCUUACACGAGCAAACAAAUUGAGAAGGGAGAAUCUGUCUCUUUGUCGCCAGAAUUGAUCCCAUCAUUUGACAGGACGGUUGUCAAAGACCCUGGUGAGUUUGAAUCUAUGUACCUGAACCAUUGGUUAGCUGUAAAUGAACUAGAGUCACAAUCAAAUCCACGAAGCUUGAAAGUGUCAAACUUUUUCGGGACAAUACCGAAUGACUUUGUUCGAUCCUCGUUUUAUCUUAGUCCUGAAAGCAUUAAGAAAAUCAAAGAAAGAGUAAUUACUUAUCUCCAACAUCAACAGAAAAAUUCAGGGCUAAUUGAGCCCGCAAAACGUCUUCAUAUCUCUACAUUUGUGCUUACAUGUGCUUAUGCAUUAGUCUGUAUGGUGAAAUCGAAGAGGGUAAGUAAUAAGAAAGUUGCAUUUGUUUUUGGAGUGGAUUGCAGAAGUCGCUUGAACAUAAGCCCUCUAAUUCCAGAAAAUUAUUUUGGGAAUGCUAUUAUUCUCCAUGACAUGGUUGUAGAAGCAGGAGAUUUUUAUGAUGAAAAUGGAGUAGCGAGCAUCGCAAAGAAGCUUGGUGACUAUAUAAGCGGAUUGGAGAAGGGACUUCUGGAAGGAGCAAAAGAGAGGCUAGAAAGGUUAAGCUAUGUAGGAGAUGAAACGCUAAAAUUUGGAAUAGCUGGAGCGACUAGACUUGCUUUCUACAAUAUGGAGUUUGGUUGGGGAAAGCCUGUGAAGGUGGAGAUACCUUCCAUAAAUGUCAAUGCUCUUUCAGUGAUGGAAGGUAGAGAUGGAAAUGGGGUUGAGAUUGGAUUGGGUUUGAUGAAGCAUGAAAUGGAAGCUUUUGCUUCACUGUUUGCCCAAGGCCUCAACGUUAUGCAGUAGUGUUUUUGCAUUCCCAAUCCAUAUGGUUUUUGGAUGGAAUAGGCUACCAAUAAUUUCUCGAGUGUGCGUAAUUGCUUGCUGCUCUGCUUUUUCUUUUUUGUCUUCUUCUUUUUCUGAUUCUUCUACUUCUUAUUUUCUUUCUUGCACUUGGAAGUGUAUGAAGCUCUUAUCUAAUGAAAUUGAAAAUAAAAUUUUAGAUCAAGAGUGUUUCCUUUUGAUUCGUGGGGUCACUUUUAAUGUUUUUGGAGGAUAAAUCACUAUAGUACAAACUGAAGUUUAAUCUGGUUCACAA